CGGCUGCCCCCUAUAAAUAUUGAUUGUUGUCGUCUUCUCCUUCUCUGCCCACGGUUUACCCGGCAGGUCUGUGUGACGAACACUGCGAGGUAAACUGUGCGGACAGGCCAGCACCCCACUAAUAGAUCGGAGCGAAAACAAAGAACGGAAAAGAAAGAAAGAAAAAACAAAACCGCCGCAGAGAGGGAGAAGAGGAGAGCGAGGGAGAAGAGGAGACAGAGGGAAAAGAGGACAACAAAUACAUGUGCAGAUCUACAGCGUCAGUCAGUGCGUGAGGCAAGAGAAAGGAGGAAGGGAAGGAAAAAAAGAGAGAGAAAGAGAAAGGAGGAAGGAGGAAGGAAGAAGGACACGUGGCAGUUGGAAAAUGGCGUCAAGGUCGAAAGUGCGCAUUACUCAAGAUUUUUUCGACGCGGCGGUUAAGGAAAACGUGGAUGAGUUCGGGAUGGAAGAAGAGGAGGCCAUCGAAGAUGCGGUGAAAACCUUCACCAUGCAGGGCGUUGAUUUGACAGGAAUUGUCACGACACCAGGUGGCGCUUGCAGUAGCGGGUGCGUUCAUCCGGCUAUGGAGGCCCUUGAGCUGUUGGAGAUGGCGGUUGGAGCUUACGAGAGCUGCCGUAGCAAGCGCGACAUGGCGACGAGGUCGACUGAUGCAGAUGCAUCUGGACAGAAUGGCACUGGCACCGGCGAUGACGGUGGUGGCGGUGGUUUGAUUGGUAGAAGAAGUGCCGGUGGAAAUGGAGACGGUGAGACUGUGGGUGCCGAUGGAGAUAGCAAGGGCGGCUUAAGCAAGGAGGGUGGUGCCGAUGGAGAUAGCAAGGGCGGCUUAAGCAAGGAGGGUGGUGCCGAUGGAGAUAGCAAGGGCUGCUUAAGCAAGGAGGGUGGUGCCGAUGAAGGGCGGCACCAGCGUCCUGCUGGAGAUGAGGUAGCUAAGGCUAUGGCACGGGUGAUAGACACAGGGGUGAGCGAUGACGAUGAAGGGAAGCGAGUAUUCGAGGAGAAGAGAGGAGUUGCCAUCUUUGUUAAUGCUUGCGACGCUCUGUUCGGCUGCGGAACAGCUCUCGCGGCGAAGGAGAGAGAAACUCUGGACCGGGGACUGGAACUGCUAGCAUCUCUGUUGACUGAUGGUCGCUUUCAGGAGCAGUUUUCUGAUGUCGAAGGUCCGUCGAAAACAGUCAAAUGGCUGAAGAAGUUGUGCAAAGAAGGAGAAGACGAUUCUGAUGGUCUGAUGCGAGUCACGGGGGUUAUGUCUGCUGCGGCCACAGCGCACGAAAGAAUCAAGUGCGAGCUGAUGGAUUGCAAGGCAGGAGGUCUCCUCUUGGAUGUCAUUAGACGAGACGGUGUGAGCCGUGGGGCGUUGUUGGGAGCAUGCGAAGCGCUGAGAGUGUUGUGUAUUGGUGAUGACACCAAGGCUUUUGUUUCCAAGGCGUAUAAGCAUGCGCUGGGGAUCGGAAAAGCGGGUGGAGUUGAGGCCCUUCUCGAUGCGUCACAUCCGUAUAUGUCCGAUCCUUGUGUUCUUGCCAGUCUGUGCAGCACCCUGAAAGCUGUUGCCGUCAAUGAUGAACUUUGCAAGCUGGUGGCAGAGAUGGGAGGGAUUUCCCUGAUUAGGAAAGUGCUUUCCGACUCCGUCCAGAAACGGAACACAGUGGUUACAAAGAAUGCUUGUGCAUUGCUUUGCCAGGAGCCCUUUGGGUUACCCAACCGGCCAACCAAACAUUAUAUUGAGCUGCUUCCUGGAGCGGUCCCUCCCAAGGGCCGCAUCUACAGGAUGUCACCUGCUGAGCUCGAGGAGCUCAGGCGACACCUUGAAACCCUGACCAGCAAGGGCUGGAUAAGGCCCAACACUUCUGAGUUCGGUGCUUCAAUCCUCUUUGUUCCAAAGGGGAGUGGUGAAUUCAGAAUGUACAUAGAUUACAGGGGUCUCAACAAAAUCACUAGGAAGAGUACAGAGUCACUUCCUAGGAUCGAUGACCUGCUGGAUAUGGUCCAGGGCUGCACAAUCUUUAGCAAAGUCGACCUCAAAUCUGGCUAUCACCAGAUUGAGAUGGCAGAGGAGGACGUCCACAAGACGGCCUUCAAAACUAGGUAUGGUACUUAUGAGUACCUGGUGAUGCCAUUUGGACUCUGCAAUGCACCUGGUACAUUCCAGACUGAGAUGCACCGCAUAUUCAGGCCGUACCUGGAUAAGUUUAUGGUUGUCUACCUGGAUGAUAUCCUAGUAUUCAGCAAAACUACCAGGGAACAUGCGGAGCACCUGGCUCUAGUCCUUCAGUCGUUACGUGACAGCCAAUACAAGAUCAACAGGGAGAAAUCCUCUUUUGGAGUUCCCUCUGUUAUCUACCUGGGUCAUGUAAUCUCUGGAGAUGGUUUGGCCCCUGAAGCAGCCAAGGUUGCUGCUAUUCAGGAUAGGCCACAACCUCAGACAGUGAGAGAUGUCCGGUCAUUCUUGGGUCUGGCCUCCUACUACAGAAAGUUCGUCAGGAACUUUUCUGCAGUGGCUGCACCCCUGACUAACCUUACAAAGAAAGACACUCCCUUUCUUUGGUCCCUCCACUGUCACAUGGCCUUUGCGCGACUCAAACAGGCCUUGACUCGUGCACCUGUGCUGAAGCUGCCUGACCCCACUUUGCCUUUUGUACUGACUACUGAUGCUAGCCAGUAUGGCAUUGGGGCAGUUCUUCAGCAGGAUGAUGGGAAUGGUCUCAGACCUGUAGAGUUCAUGAGUAAGAAGAUUAAGACUCAGAAGUUGCAGGACUCCACCUACGAGAAAGAGCUUUAUGCUCUUGUCAAAGCAGAGAGGCAAGAGGCUGCAGAGCUGGAAGCUGCAACAGAUGCUUCCAGAAAAGAGCACCUGAUGCAGCAGGCUCAGAAGACUUUUGCGGAUGCUAGAGUGGCCCAGUGUACCAGGGACCUGGUUGAGCUGGUAUUAUUACAAGACAAGCUUACAGCCAGCCAUUUCACAAACUGGGACGAAAGGAUCCAGAGGUUGGAGACCAGAGUGUUUGAUCUGGGAACUCAGCAGUCUAAGAUCCUGGAUGCCAUCCAGAAUCUGACUGCUCAGUUAACAACAGCCAACCUGAUCUCCCCUUUGGUCCCUGUGGGCCCCUCUCCUAAAACCCCAAAGCCUUCUCAGCCUUCCUCUUCACCUCCUUCCUCUUCUCACUUUUCUCGUAAGUUUUCUCCCUCUGUCUCCUCCCAGGCCAAAGCCACACCUCCUCCCACCUUUGCUGCUGUUGUUGCUGGGGACCACAGAGGUCCCAAGAUUCCUGCCCCCAGCAAAUUCAAGGGGGAUGACCCCAAGAUUGAUGUGGGGGACUGGACCGCUGGAACCCGGGCCUAUCUGAAGGGGUUCCAGUGUCCGGAGCAGCAAAAGGUGGCCACCGUUGUGGGGCUGCUGGAGGGGCCUGCCCAGAAAUGGGCUACCUCUUCAACAAGUGCCCAGAGCCAGAUUUCGGAGGACUGGGCAUUGGCACUGGGGGCUGACAAACUUUUGCAGGCCCUGGAGGACAGGUUUGCAGACAAGGAACGUGCCCGCAAGGCUGCUGACAAGAUCGUACGCCUUGGACAGCAGCGUUACAGCGGUAGUCUGCAGGCCCUUUUUGCUGAAUUUGAGCAGCUCACCUCCACCCCUGGAUUGGUUAUGUCGGCUGAUGAUCUGCUGACUAGCUUUUGCAGGGCUGCGCCUGAGAAGUUCUCAGUCGCUUUGUAUAGCGCCGGGCACAAAGACUGGCACUCAUUUGGACGUGCAGCACUGGACAUGGAGGCCAAGCUCCACGUUCAAGCCCCCUCCAGUGACAGGAGGAAAGGCGCCUUCCCUCGCGGUGGUAGAAAGGGAAAGGCGGCCUUUGCUUAUGCGGGUUCUGGAUCAUCAUCUGAUGCAGGAUCCCGGCCUGCGGCUCGUGCUACGGGGUCAGCAGGUUGCCCGUACCUAGCGUGGUCGCGAGGGUUUGAACUGCAUAUCCAUAGGUUAGCUGUCGCAGAUCCUAUCUGGCCUAUCUACAACAUUGCUGGUGUCGUCAACAGCUUCCAGAAGUACGAGCAGAUCCCGGCCAAUGCCGUCUGCUACAAGCUUCAGACCAUAGAAGAAGAUGAACCUGAUGAGGACAGACUCAUCAGGCGGUGGGCGGAAAGAGGUGAGACAAGCCAGACAGCUGGUGAACUUGAUGUCAAACCGCUGGACUGGUACGGCCAGUAUGCAUAUUCCAGCGAUAGGCUUGAGGAAACAAAGGAAGAGAGGGACGUGUUCGUUGCAAGACUAGCAACUAUUACAGACCAAAAGGAAAGGGACCUUAUGCUUGAGGAAAAACGCGCAGAGCUGCAUAAUAAAAUGUUAGCAGCAAAGCGGCAAGAACUUGAUGAGAGGAAAAGGUUGCAAUCAGAGGGUGCAAGGUUGCUGCAAGCACAGAAAGAUAAACAGGCGGCAACCGAAGAAAAACUUGCCCUUCUGACAGAAGCGGUCCUACAUACCAAACAAGAGGUAGCAGCAAUGAACCGAACUUUGCAAAAGGUAGAAAUGCACCAAUACGAGUUUGAAGGAGUCUGGAACACCUUUCUGCAGAAGUCCGUCAAAGAUGUGGAUCUGCACAUUCAAUCGUAUAUUCAAAAGUUGGAUAACCAUAUCACAGAAACCUUUACUCCUGUCGUAAUUGAUAAGAUCAUCCGAGGUAGCGGCGCAGGAGGCGGAGGAGGUGGUGAUGGAGACGGAGAUGGAGGAGAUGGAGACAGAAAAGGAAAAGGGGUGUUGCGAGACGAUAAAAACACUGACGUAAGAAAAAUAAAGGUUAAAGUGUCGUGGACUUACACUGGCAAGAAAGAGGAGAGCGUCCUUCAUUGGAUUGCGGUCGUAGAAUCCUACGUAUACAGUCAGCGGAUACCUUAUUGGGAUAGAGUUCUGAUGUUUACUUCGUGCAUGGCCGGCGAUGCGAUGAGCUUCGCCAUCUCGUUGCAAAAAGAAGCCAACUGCGACACUAUGAUUGCAUAUUCACAACAAACUAGAAUUGAAGACUUCUUCAAAACUGUCAGAGAACGUUUUGAAGAUAAGAAUCUAGCUCGCCGAACAGAAAUGCUAAUUCUGAAUAGCGCAGAUCGAAAAUGGAAGAGUGCAUCUGCACUCAAAGCAACGAUGGACGAACUCUUGCAAUGUGCAGAACAUGGGCUAACUCCUACCCAAAUCCUCAACAACUUCGCAAGGGCACUUCCUGAGCCUCUCCAAGCAGAGAGGCAAGAGGCUGCAGAGCUGGAAGCUGCAACAGAUGCUUCCAGAAAAGAGCACCUGAUGCAGCAGGCUCAGAAGACUUUUGCGGAUGCUAGAGUGGCCCAGUGUACCAGGGACCUGGUUGAGCUGGUAUUAUUACAAGACAAGCUUACAGCCAGCCAUUUCACAAACUGGGACGAAAGGAUCCAGAGGUUGGAGACCAGAGUGUUUGAUCUGGGAACUCAGCAGUCUAAGAUCCUGGAUGCCAUCCAGAAUCUGACUGCUCAGUUAACAACAGCCAACCUGAUCUCCCCUUUGGUCCCUGUGGGCCCCUCUCCUAAAACCCCAAAGCCUUCUCAGCCUUCCUCUUCACCUCCUUCCUCUUCUCACUUUUCUCGUAAGUUUUCUCCCUCUGUCUCCUCCCAGGCCAAAGCCACACCUCCUCCCACCUUUGCUGCUGUUGUUGCUGGGGACCACAGAGGUCCCAAGAUUCCUGCCCCCAGCAAAUUCAAGGGGGAUGACCCCAAGAUUGAUGUGGGGGACUGGACCGCUGGAACCCGGGCCUAUCUGAAGGGGUUCCAGUGUCCGGAGCAGCAAAAGGUGGCCACCGUUGUGGGGCUGCUGGAGGGGCCUGCCCAGAAAUGGGCUACCUCUUCAACAAGUGCCCAGAGCCAGAUUUCGGAGGACUGGGCAUUGGCACUGGGGGCUGACAAACUUUUGCAGGCCCUGGAGGACAGGUUUGCAGACAAGGAACGUGCCCGCAAGGCUGCUGACAAGAUCGUACGCCUUGGACAGCAGCGUUACAGCGGUAGUCUGCAGGCCCUUUUUGCUGAAUUUGAGCAGCUCACCUCCACCCCUGGAUUGGUUAUGUCGGCUGAUGAUCUGCUGACUAGCUUUUGCAGGGCUGCGCCUGAGAAGUUCUCAGUCGCUUUGUAUAGCGCCGGGCACAAAGACUGGCACUCAUUUGGACGUGCAGCACUGGACAUGGAGGCCAAGCUCCACGUUCAAGCCCCCUCCAGUGACAGGAGGAAAGGCGCCUUCCCUCGCGGUGGUAGAAAGGGAAAGGCGGCCUUUGCUUAUGCGGGUUCUGGAUCAUCAUCUGAUGCAGGAUCCCGGCCUGGAAAUGACAUGAACAAGGAUAUCAUUGCAGAUGAUGGAGGGAUCGAUACUCUUCUGGGGGUUCUGGCUGCGUACAGCGAUCAGCCAAGCAUACCUCAACAGGUACAUACUACGUAGUACUAAUUACAAACUAGCUUCUUUUUUUUUUCGUUAUUUUUUUUGCCAGCAUUGUACUUUGCUG